AAGUCGAUGCAUGACUGGCCGACUGGACAAUACAAAUAAGCUUCCAGGUUCCAUCAUCCCGACCUCCACCCAGCACCACCUUAGUCUCACCUGGAUCAACCAUGUCUCUACGAUAUCAAAAAUUCGUGUCGGAGAAACCCCAGAUCCAUCCUCUUUCCAUCAGCGUAGAUGAAGCUUUAUCGACGGAAUUGGAGAAACAACAACAGGGUUUCUUGAAAUGCACCGUUUGCUGCGGUAUCAUUGCCGCCGUGAUACUCAUCAUCGCGGUGGUGAUGAUAGUCCUCGGUUUCACAGUUCUCCACAUCAAAAACCCAAAACUCAGAAUGAAUUCAGUGGCGAUCAUCGGACUUGACCAGGUCAACUCAACAGAUUUACUCAACCGGAACGCUAAUCUGACUGUGGUGGCUGACGUCUCCAUGAAGAACACUAACGUGGAGAAAUUCAAGUUUGAAACUUUUAAUUCAAGUCUUGUGUAUCGUGAGACGGUGGUGGGAGUGGAGGAUGUUCCCGGAGGGGUGGUUGACGCUAGGAAGACGAUGAGACUGAAGCUGGUGUAUGAGAUGAUGAUGGCGAAGAUGGCCGGAGAUCCACAGUUCGGAAGUGAUAUCACGGCGGGUAAGCUGAUGGUGCGAAGUUAUACAAGGGUUAAUGGUAGAGUUAAUAUAUUAAACAUUAUUAAGAGAAAAGUGACGGUUACUAUGAACUGUUCCAUCGCCAUUAAUGUAACGACCUGGGGUAUCGCCGAUCAAGAUUGCAAGAGCCAUGUCGAUAUAUAGGAUUUUUUUUUCUUACAUAUCUAUUUUUCAUAUUCAUUUAUGAUUUCUUUUUGAGUAUUUGUUUUUAUAGUAGAAAUAUAAAAUUGUAAAGGUAUAUAGAUCCGUUUAGGAGAAAAGGAGAAUUUGAAUAUAUAUUUGGGCUUGUUGGUA